GUGAAACUGAAUUGAAGUCUGAUCCACUGCUGGAAUUCUACUGACCAAAAUUCAACUUGCCAGGAAAGGACUGGAACCUCCUGUGUAUGUUUAAUGGCAAGUUAUUCUAUAUAGAAACAAAAGGAUGGACGCACAGAUGUCAGAUGCAGACCUUCUCACCUCCUCCUCCCCUUCUCCGCCUCCCAUCUUCCACUGUGACUACAGUGACUGGUCUCCUUCCUUCUCCAUCAUCCCCUCCGUAUACCUGCUAGCCUUCCUGGUUGGUUGCCUCGGCAACGGCCUGGUGCUGUGGGCCUACCUGGACCGAGCUGAGGGGAGGGGAACAAGGACCGGAGACAAAAUUGGAACUGGAAAGCUCUGUUGUGCUGGCAUUUUCAGAACCAGUCAGCAGAACAUUAACAACUCUGUUAGAUUUCCUCCAAAGAACAAGGAAAACUGUGGAGAUUCCUCAGGACGAAGCCGUAGGCCUUCCUCUCACUCCUCUUCUGCAUCUUAUCCCCCGUCCAUCUCCCGUCCCUCACGCUCACUGACAGACUCCCUAAUAGCCAGCUUAGCCUUAGCUGACCUCUGCUUCCUUGUCACUCUCCCUCUGUGGGCGGUCUACACAGCGAUGGGCUACCACUGGCCUUUUGGGCAACCCCUCUGCCAAAUCAGCAGCUUCCUCACUGCUCUCAACAUGUAUGCCAGUGUGUUCAGCCUGAGCAUGCUCAGUGUGGAGAGGUACUGGGUCCUAACCGGCCGCCGGCACUCUGGCCACCAUGCCCCACAGAGGUUCCCCAGCAGGGCUUUGUGGAUACUUGGAGGGGUGUGGGUGCUGGCGGGGGUGCUGGCACUUCCUGGUCUGCUGCUGCGCUCUGUCAGGGAGGUGGAGCCUGAAUUUGGGGAUGAGUGGCAGCUCGAGUCAGUUCAUCCUACUGACUAUGGAUCGGUGUUCCUCUCCUGUCAGAUGGAUUACUCCAUGCUGAUUGAAGCAGGCCUGGAGGAGCCAGAUCGAGAGAGGGCAGAGAUGUGGUGGGCGGCCGCCCUGAGUCUUAAAUCAACUCUAAUCGGUUUCCUGCUUCCUCUCGUCAUCUUGCUGGUCUGCUACUGCUCACUGGCACAGCUACUCAACAGACAUUUUGGUCGGGGCCCUCGUCCUGACCGCAGGCGCCAGCGAAGACUCCUCAGGGUCAUUGUCACUUUAGUGAUGGCUUUCUUUCUGUGUUGGCUACCCCUGCAUGUUAAUAAGACUGUGUCCAUGCUGCUGGAGUUUGGCUUUGUCCCAUAUUCCUGCUCUUUAGAUCAGCUCUUACUGGCUGCUCACCCAUACGUUACCUGUUUAGCUUAUCUCAACUCCUGCCUUAACCCUCUCCUGUACGCUGCCUGUGACCCAUCAUUCAGGAAGAGAUGCAGAGGAGCUCUUCUCAUGUUGUGCAGGACAAGCAGGAGAGGAGAAGAGGGAAGGGAGAUAAAGAACGAUGAAGGGGAGGAGGAGAGAAAGGAGAGGGGCUCAGCUUUUCCCUCAAGAACACAGGAGGAGACAGCAGAUAGGACAGAGGAUGGAGAGGACGAGAGGGUGGGGUCGGUGGCUGGGAUGAUUUCUGAGGCCACAUGAAUCAUGGCUGAAAACUCAUAAGAUGUGUUGUUGAAGACAACAGACUGAAAAUCCACAUUGACCUAAACUUAGACUCUUGAAGAAACUGUGUCAGAUGACAACAACAACAAACAAACAUCUUUAUAAAAUGAACAUUCAUUGGAUCAUGGACAUAAUUCCCUGCCUCCAGUCCACAUAUUUCCCACAGGAAAGAUGUCACUUCUUCCCAGAAGAGACUUGAGCCCAGAAAUGGUAUCUUGCAGGGAAAAAAAAAGGCUUCUCAUGUCAUUUGAUCUGUUUUUACAGUAUAUUUUGUACUAGCCAUUUAUUCUCAGUUGUUUAUUGAUUUUGUUUUGCACUGUUUUUGAUGUUGUUUUUCUAAUAAAAUAAGGCUCAUGUGCACUUGUGUUUGUAUUUUAACCAGAAAAAAUACAGCACAUGUAUAAAUCUGCCAAAAUGUGGCACUAAUGGGAGCAAACCAUUUAAAUUCAACUCUAAGCGUAUUUGUCAUUUCAACUAUAAAACAAAUACUGUGAAGAUAAUAUUAGGUUGGUUGGUCUGCUUUUGUUGCCAUAUAUAGCUAGUAACGCAAUAUCUCUGUUAUUUCAAGUUUCAGUUGCUUUUAACUCAAGUUUUCAAUUUCUUAAAGUAUGGACACAAGUAAC